AUGGUUUCAAUAACACACUAUAAUUUGCUCAGAUGAAGAGGUGAUUGGACAGCUCUCACAGAAAUUUUUAAUUACUGUCAUUAGUGGCUGCAAUCCUAUUCUUUUCCCUGGUGCUAAGAUAUGUGUGGCAUUGUGGCCGUGAGAAUCCAAACUGUCCCUUUCCGUUUAAAUGCUUGCAUUUAUAAAUAUGUGCCAUUGUGCAAGUCUCAUCACAAUAAAUACUAGAUUAACAUUAACAUUAACUAAUGUAUCCAGAUGCUAUUUUAGGCAGGUGUGGAGGUCCAUCCCCACACUUGGGCCAUACUGUGAUCUCAGAAAUACUCAUUAAGCCUUGGCCUUGACAAAGACCACAAGGGCUARGCUCCUCUUGAGCUUAUCAGAAACACUGUCUGCUCCCAGGAGCUUAUGCUUUCUAGUUAAGGCUGUUUUUAACAAACAGCCUUGAAAACUGAUUUUUSUUGCCUGAAUAACAGCCCAAGUGGGACAACAUUUUUUGUUACCAGACUUUCAAAGAAAAUUAUUGACYUAAAUUGUGGCCAGGAUGGAAAAUUAUUAUGACUAAAGUCAACUCUUUUGUGGCCCUAUAAAGAGCAGUCCUGAGACCCUUUGAGCCCUUCUGGACAGCAGCUACCUGUGACCAGCACCUCCCCGACWGGGGUCUCUCACAGCCAGCAAACUCUCACAUUUGCCAUAGUUGGGGGACCACCACUGAUUGCCAACARUGGAGCCUGGGCUACCCCCACUCCUCAAGCCUCAACCCUUUGCCCGUUGAGAAGAUGCAAAGGCAUCUGAUCGCCGAGGUUGUUCGGGAAGGAGAAACUUUACAGCCUUUCGAAAUACAAAACUGAUUCCCAUGGAAACAUCCUCAUCCUCCGAUGACAGUUGUGACAGCUUUGGUUCUGAUAAUUUUGCCAACACAAAAUGCAAAUUUAGGUCGGAUAUUAAGGAGGAACUGGCAAAAAUUUUUCAUGAAGCSUCUGAUGAUGAAUCUUUCUGUGGCUUUUCAGAAAAUGAGGUUCAAGAUGCAUUGAAAUUGGAAUCGGAUUCAGAGGGGAAUGAUGCAAGUGCUGAAAGUGAGAUGGAGCAGAGAGGGCAGAAAUGCUCUGUUCCUCUGAAAGUAGCCAUGAAGUUUACUCCUCGAAGAUCUGAGAGGAGGAAGGUUGAGAUGGAGCCUGUUCCUGAAACACUGAUGCCCACUCCAGAUUCAGACUCUGAUACUGAAGAAAAGGGUGCCGUGUUUUUAGAAAAAAGAGCUUUAAACAUAAAGGAAAACAAAGCAAUGCUUGCAAAACUAAUGGCCGAGUUGCAAGAUGUUUCUGGUAUCUUUGGUGGAAGAAAAUCGUUGCCAGCUGUCAAUCGUCAGGGACCAAAGCGACUUCCAAGGCGUUCAUCACCCAAUUAUGUCUUGAGGAGGAACCCAGACCAAAGUUCUCGGCCUCACACAAGGUCCAGGUCCUUGAUUGAAGGUCCUCCUAGUCUUGUACCAGAAGAGGAAGAAGAUGACCGGUACCUCUUGGUGAGAAGAAGAAAGAUGUCUGAUGAAUACCUGGAGCAUGAAGCCCGUACUCCCAGGAGGGGUCACCGUGGUGCCAUGGCUUUUCCACACGUUGUGCGCCCAGUUGAGGACAUAACAGCAGAAGAGCUGGAUAACGUUUGUGGAUCUGCAAGAGAAAAAGUAUAUAACAGGGCCAUAGGAUCCACCUGUCAUCAGUGUCGCCAAAAAACCAUAGACACCAAGACAAAUUGCCGGAACCCYGAUUGUGUAGGAGUGCGGGGCCAGUUCUGUGGGCCGUGCCUCCGCAACAGAUACGGGGAGGAUGUCAGAACAGCACUGCUGGACCCGAACUGGAGGUGCCCACCCUGUCGAGGGAUCUGCAACUGUAGCUUCUGCAGACAGCGAGACGGCUGCUGUGCCACCGGUGUCCUGGUCUAUCUGGCCAAAUACCACGGCUUUGACAAUGUCCAUGCCUACUUAAAAAGUCUGAAACAAGAACUUGGAAUGGAAGACUGAAGCUGUUACUGCCUUUAAAUUACAUACUUUUUCACCAACGUCAUACUGUUGCCUUCAAUGAAUUGUUUAAUCAAAUGAGAUUACAAAGUGCCUUCCUUGCUUCCCUCUCUUUUUGGGUAAAAAAGGAUAAAAAAUUUCAUUUAUUUCAGUAUAAAUCAUACUUGGGAAAGCUGUUUAAUGAAGAUCUUCACUCAUAGGCCAUUGUUUUCUCUUUAAACAACUUUGCAAAUCAGAUAGCAUCUGAUAAUAGUAGUUGUUUUUUUAUAAAAACAAUAGUAGUUGUUUUAAUAAAAGUAGUUGUUUUUUUUCCUGAAAGGAAAUGGGGCUUUAAGUCAUUAGUUUCAUGCAGUGGUCUGUGCUGCAGAUGUACUUAUGCUCUGAAAUUGGUUACAAAGAGAUGUUUUGAAAAUGUGGRGUGGUUUUCUCCACAGAACCAAGCAGCCAUCUUCUGCAAUACAGACACUUAAUGAUCAAAUGGAAUUCUAGAACUCUCUGAAACAACAGCAAGUUCUAGAGUAGUCGUGGUUUGAACUGGGCCAAAAGCACCCAACRACGUUCCCUCCCCACCACCAGAGAGGCAGAAGGGAGAGCAAAAGCCCAAUUAACACUAAAAUUUAUGGCUUUUAGAUAGCAUAACAUAAUUGAGAGAAAGAUAUGUAUGUGCUCCAGAAAAUGGUCACACAAGCAGAAAUAACUUAAGUUGCAAAAURGAUAUAUUACUAAAAACUACUAAGAAWACUGCCACACUGGGGAGGGGAACAAAGAUAGGGAAAAAUUURCAAGGAGARGAAAAUAAAAACGGACAUUUUAAGACACCUGUUAUMCUUUCCGGGGACCCGUCUCUUUCUCAGGUCGUCCCUCUCCACCCCUCCCAUGCCUUCCCGCACACACAGGGGACAGGAAUGAAAGUUUAACAUAGAUCMAACWACUCAUAACKGUUAU